CACACAAAAACAUCGUAUUUCAAGGUUAAACUCCUCGCAAUGCCCUCAGGAUACGAAUGCCUCGAUACAGCGAGUCCGAGAUCGCUCCUCUUCUACAUCGUCGCCAACGUCGGCCUUGGGGGGAGUAGCCGGCCACUUGCGGUCGCCUACCGCCAAGGCAACGAUUUCCAUAAAUCAUUCCUGCCACGCGUGGAGAAUCUCGUCAACGACAUCCUAAGCGCAAUCAAAAUCUUCUCAAAACCUGAAGAUCGCUCUGCUCUCGAGGCCGAGCGCUGGCGAGCAACGGAAUGGUAUAACCAGCAACUUCAGGAUGAUGCUGACGGGGGAGAAGGACAAAGAUAUGCCACGCUGCCAGACUCGCUACAGCCACCUUGGUCUGGUUAUAAAAUGAAAAAUUGGAGGCCUGCCUUGCAGCCUGAGAUGUCGCCGCGCAAAGAUGCCUCUCCUCGCAUGGAGUUUUCCUUGGCCAGUGACUAUCUUGUGAAAGCUUUGUUGUGCAGUAACAGCAACACACGCGAGGGUGAUGUGCAGCUCCAGCCGCUUUCACUCCCUUUCUAUGGCAACUGCCUCGAGUACGGCAUGGUGGUGAUUGAUAUUUCUAAUCUUUCGCGCAUUACCUACGGCAUCGCAUGUUUCCCUGUCUGCUACAUGGCCUACGUGGAGUAUCACUCCUACACCGGAGGAUGGGACCCCGUUGAAGACGAUCCGCCUAAGAAAGAACCUGACGUUGUGCUUGUGAAUGAGCGACCCCGCCUACUCUCAUCUAUCCUCUGCUAUGUGCGCAAAAAUUUUCCAUUUUUAGAAGAUGAUGCCAAGGUUCGUGAGCUCGAGGAAUCUUAUUCACUUGUUGAUGAUGCUGGCAUGUUGGACUACAUAUGGCCUUUGAGUGAUGAUGUGUCACAGGAGUGCUUGGAGCCAAGCCAGGAAGAGCUACCUAAAAUCGCGAGGCAAAGAUGUAGUAUCAUGUAG